AUGCCACCUAGGGCUUCAACAUUAGUAGCAAAACCUGCUGCUGCAAAAUCCACAAGUUGGGAAAAGGGUGCUAAGGUUUUAUUUAAUCAUCCUGUUCACUCAUGGGUUAUAGGUAAUAUUAAGGAUAUUGAUGAAAAGAAGCAAACAAACAAAAUUCCAACGCCUUACCUUUGCUCAUCGCAAGGUGUUGAAGAUGCCUGGGUUACCGAAAGUGAUCUCAACAUGUACAAAGAAGAUAUAUUAACUGCAGUGAAUGAUGACUUGCUGGAUUUGAUUGAACUUAACGAAUCAUCAUUGCUGUAUUGUGUUCAAAACCGUUUCAAGGAAGACAAAAUUUAUACAUUUAUUGGAGGUCUUAUCAUCUCCCUCAAUCCGUUCAAGUGGACCAUCCCAUACUGUAAGGAUGAAUUCAUGAUUAAUUACGUCGAGAGAAAGAAGGGCUUAAAUCCACAUUGUUGGCAAAUUGCCGACCGAGCCUACAGAGCAAUGAAAGGAGGGGAAGGAAAUCAAACCUUGCUAAUUUCAGGUGAAAGUGGUGCUGGUAAAACUGAGGCCUGUAAAUCUGUUAUCAAAUAUUUAUGUAAACUUUCAUCAACAAUGACAAACGAUCCUAAUGUUAAGAGUGUGGCGGAUGGGAUGAGUUCUAAAAUUCAACAAGCUUCUCCAAUUCUAGAAGCUUUUGGUAACGCUAAAACAAAGAACAAUGAUAACUCUUCUAGAUUUGGUAAAUUUAUUAAACUUCAAUUUGACUCACAUGGUAUCAUUAAGGGUGCCGUCACAGAAAACUACUUGUUGGAAAAAUCCCGUUUAAUGAAGCAGGGACCUAAUGAAAGAUCAUAUCACAUUUUCUAUCAAAUGCUUGCUGGUAUGGAUGAAGCAAAAAAGAAGGAACUCUUCUUAACUAAAGCUCAAGAUUAUGACAGUAUCAUGAAAGGAAAUUGUUUCAAAGUGGACACUAUUGACGAUGUUUCUGAUUUUCAUGCCAUGGUAAACGCCUUUAAGGUCAUUGGGUUUGAGGAUGAGAUUAGAGAUACUGUUUUUAAAGUGUGUGCUGCAAUUUUACAUCUUCAAAAUAUCAAAUUUGUCAAAAUUCCAAAUGAAGACACUGGAUCAACCUUGGAAAAUGAUGAGCCUCUCAAGAAAGCUUGUACAUUGUUACAAAUUGAACCUGCUGCUUUGAAGAAGGCCUUAACAGUCAAGACUUAUGCUGUCAUGGCUAAAAUUUUCGAGUCUCCACUCACCCCAGAAGCUGCCUCUGAUUCGAGAGAUGCCUUAUCCAAAAAUUUAUAUUCUAAUAUGUUUGAUUGGUUGGUUGCAAAAAUUAACGACAAUACCAACUCUAAUGAUUACACCAGCUUUAUUGGCUUGUUGGAUAUCUUUGGGUUUGAAAAGUUUGAAUUCAACACAUUCGAACAAUUUUGUAUCAAUUUUGCCAAUGAAGCACUUCAAGCUCACUACAACUCUUACACAUUUAAAAGAGAUAAGAAGGAAUGUGAAAAUGAAGGAAUCGAUGUCACAGAAGUCACCUUUAAGGAUAAUCAACCUUGUCUCGAUAUGAUUCAAGGUUCAAAGUCUGGUAUUUUGAAGGUACUUGACGACCAAAGUGCACUUCAGUCAGCAACAGAUCAGAAAUUUUUUGAAAUGAUUACUCAAACUUACAAAUCACACGAGUACUUUAUUCAUGCACCAUUGUGGAAAGAAGAAUUCGCAGUCAAGCACUAUGCUGGAGAAGUUAAAUAUAAUAUUAAGGAUUGGAUUGAAAAAAAUAAGGAUAUUUUGAGAGAUGACAUUAUUGAUAUCAUUAGUCAAAGUAAGAUUGAGUUUGUUGCAAAGACUAUUUGUCCAGAAAAGAAGGAUUUCACUUCCAAUAAGAAGGACAAGAAACCAUCUACCGUAACUGGAUCUUUCAAGAAGCAAUUGAUCGAAUUGCUAGACUUGAUUAAUAGUACCUCUCCACAUUGGAUCAGAACCAUCAAACCUCACCCUGCUAAGAAACCUGGAUUGUUCAGCAAUGCAGAAGUUGUCAAACAAUUGAACUCGUCUGGUGUUUUGGAAACUAUUAGAAUUAGAAAGGAAGGUUACAGUGUGAGAAUUCCUCAUGAACUCUUCUUUAAUAAGUAUAAUGUUAUUAUUGGAGAGGGAUCCAGUACUGAUUUUAAGAGUUCAUCAGAAAAGAUUAUUUCUUCUUUAAGUCUUGGAAAGGACAAGGUCCAAGUCGGUAAGACUAAGGUAUUUUUAAAGUCGGAUACUUACAAAAUGUUAGAAUCAGCAAGAAACAAAAAGCUUGAAAAGUACAUUAUAAAAAUGCAAAGAGUUGGCAGAGGUUUCCUUGGAAGAUGUGUCGCUAGAAAGAUUAGAGAACAGAUUAGAAUUAAGAAAGAGAAGGAAGAAUACGAGAAGAAUAAGGAAAUCUUUGAGAGAAUCUUGCAAGACAAGAAGGAAAGAGAAAAGAUAGAACAAGAAAAGAGAGAAAAGGAGGAAAAAGAGCGAAGAGAAAGAGAAGAAAAAGAAAGAGAAGAAAGAGAACGAAUUGAAAAACUUCGUGUGGAGCAAGAAAAGAUUGAAAGAGAAAAGAGAGAAGCUAAGGAGUUGGAAAAGAGAAAGCUCGAAAUCCUUAAAGCCAAGCAAAAGGAAAGAAUGCUUGAACUCCAAAGAAUUGAAAGAGAAAAAUUAGAAAAGGAAAGAGCAGAGAAGGAGCAACAAGAAAAGGAACGUAUCAAGAUGGAGGAAGAACGAAAGGCUCUCCUCAAAGAAGAGCUCGAGAGAAGAAAGGCCAGUCUUAUUGAACGAGAAAAUCAAAGAUUGGCAGUUGAGAAACAACAACGUAUCCAAGAAAGAAGGGAACAAAUGGAGGCAAGAAGAAGAGAAAAGGAAAGAGUUGAACUUGAAGCAGAAAAGAGAAAACAAUCUGCUGUUGAAAAACUCGAUCUUGAGAAAAAAUCCAAGCAACAAAAGGAUCAAGAUCUUCUCCGAGUAGCAGAAACUGCUCGUAUCAAGUUAGAGCAAGAGAGACUUGAUUGGGAAAAGAAACAAUGGGAAAGUAUUAUGCAAGAAAUUUUAAGGGAAGAGCAACAAAAACUCUUUAAGAAGGAGCUGGAGAAGCAAAAGCUCAGAAAGGUUGAAGAAUCUGAAAAAGUCAAGCAACAACAACAUCUCAAGAAGGCUGUCUUAAUGUAUGAUAGAGAAAAGAAAGCAAUUGCUAGAAAGGCAUUGAUAAGAGCAGAAAAAGAUGAUAUGAUCCAAUGUAAAAAAGAGUAUUUGGAGCAACAAAAGAGAAAACUCCUCCAAAAGAAGCAAGAAGAAGAGGUUCAAGUCAUCGAAAAGCAAGCUCACUUGCAAUGGGAGGUUGAUAAGGAAAAGAGAAGAGAAGAAAUUAGAAAGACAUUGCUUCAAAAGAUUAGAAAUGAAAAAUCGAGAGAAAUAUGGAGAGAAGUUGAUAAUGAAAAGAAGGAAAGAUCUAAGCGUUUAGAAUACGAAAGACAAAUGUGGGAAAUGGAAAGACAACUUCAAAUCGAAUCGGAGGAUUUGAACAAGAAAUUCCAAAAUACCAAACUGGAACAAAAAGCUCAAUUGCAACAAGAUUAUCUUGUUAAUAAGAAGGAACAAGAAGAGUAUGAAUACCAACUUCAAAAACUCAAACAAAAGAUUACCGGUGUAUUCUCUGCUGGACCAAUGAAUGUAUCUAGUUCAAGCAUGGAUAUGAGCAAGUCUUUGGUUGACGGAAUACCAGUAAUGUCACCAAGAUCACCUGGAUUAAACACAUCCUCAUUGACAGCCUCACCACUUGAUAACAUCUCUUUCAGUAGAGACACCCCCAGUCCUAUCCAAAAGGCAAGACCAAUGAGUUCUCAAACACCUGGAUCAGCAAGUAAUAAUAAUAGAAUACCUGUUAAAAAGGGUUUAUUCUCUAAGUUGUACUAA